AAAUGGCGGAUAUGUGACAUGCUGAAACCAAUAUUUUAUGUAGAACGCAGAAAUUUAUAGAAUAAUAUAGUAAAUUCAACCUGUUUUCAAAAGUACAAUGAAAUGUUUUACUACAUAGAUUAGUUGUAAGGAAAUGGCAAAAUCCAAGCGCUGGUCUAAAGAAGAAUUGGACAGUACUUUUGAAGAAUUUCUAAAAAUCUCUGUCUCUUCUGGGGAUGAUACAGAGAAGAUCAAUCAGCUGUUGAAAAACCCGGCCAAGAAAGCAGAUUCCAGUUCUAGCAGUUUGUGGUGGGCCAAUGACUUGGAUGAGGAUGACAGCUAUGUCAAAGAAAAAAGCAAAAGUUUUAUAAAAACCAAGAAAUCUUUAGAGUCGCCUGUGAGGUCCAAGUCUAGCACGAACAAAAUUGAAACCAAACAGAAUGUGAAAGGAAAAAAUACAGCAGUGAAACCUGCCAAUGCUAGCAAGCAAGUGGUUAUCAACAAAAAGUUCACCAAAAAAGAUGAACAGAAAUUAAAAUCACAGACCAGCUCAGCUAAAACAAGAACUACCAAAUCCAAGAAUGAUGUAGCCAUGAGUAAAGAUAGCUUGGAAGACAUAUCAGAAAGAACUGAGGAGAUAGAUUCCCAUCGCCAAGGGAAAGGAAAACCAGUUUCUCCUGUUAAGAUCUCCGUAAAUGAUUCAAGUUUAGACACUUCAGGGACAGCAAGCUAUGAUCAUGACCAUGCCAAGUCCAACCUUAGCAAAGAUAAUCUUGGAUUCGACACACUUGAUGAACUUGCUGAUAAACAACACUUUUUCCAGAAUCUAGAGAAGGAUGUAGAUGGGACUGUAGACUACGGCCGUCUAAACCAGGAACUCAGUCAGACAGGUGGAACCUCUCUGCUGUCACCUGCUGUCCAGUCAGGCGCCACCUCCCUGCCUUCACCUGCCAUGCAAACAGGCGCCACCUCCCUGCCUUCACCUGCUGUUAAUCUGGGCAACACCCCAGCUGAUACCUCAGUGUUAUCAGAAGACACAGAGACUCCAGCAAAAGUAGCUGUUGCAGAUACACCAGAGACUCCUCAACAAAAACCAAGUAUGCUUUCAAGAGUGGCACUGCUGGACUCCCUUGAGUCAACAUUCAACACAGCAACCUCCCCUCAAUUAGCCACCUCGGAUCACUUAGGCCAGACACUGCCCGAUUCAUUCAAAUACCCUGGCUUAUCUGGCCAGAUUGGCACCAACACUAGCAGAGAAAUGGAGGCACUACAGCGAGUGCUGCAGGAGGCGGAGAUGUCUCCCACCUUGUAUGGCAUCGACUCCAGACCCUCUACAGCUAAAGCUGCCAAUAUGUCUUCCACACCACUCAAUGAGGAGAGACCUGUGGCCAGGAGUGUUGGGGACAUUCUGAAAGAGAUGGACGCUAUAGAGAGGAGAGGAAUUGACAUGGGUGAGGCAGAUGUCCAGUUGAGAUCUGAUUAUAAAAGUCCACGCUCCCAAGCAGCCUUACACCGCAAACCAUCCUAUGACGCAGACAGUUUUGACAAUUCCCACACUGAAGACACAGAAAUUUACCGACCAGUUACAUCUGCCAGCGUAAAGGACAGAAAAAGGUUGGAGAAAAAAAACAACAAGAAAGAGGCAAGGACAGUGUCUGUUCCAGAAAAUAUAGAUAAAAUUGCACCAGCAAGGGACAGGUUCUCCCACAUCCAGAGCUCUGGUUAUGGCAGGUCGACCUCCCCACCAGCCAGCAGAAAACACAGGUCAGCCUCUGCGGGGAAAUCUCCACCAAAAGGUCAGAGGUCAUCUCAGGCAGAUGGCGCUGCAGUGCUGACAAAAAAAGCUGAAACCUCUCCUGGUGUUUUUAAGAAAAAAGCUGUGGACAAAGGUUUAGACAGUGCCAGAUACUCUGUGAACUCCAUGGAAGUUUUUGCCAAAUAUCUGACUGAACACUUUGCCAGUGCUGCUCAGGUAAAUGACAGUGGUGACCAGAGGAAAAAGGAAGAGCUGCCUGCUAAAUCUGGACAUGAGAGGGAGACAGCUCUAAUGUUGGCACUAAAAGAAACAAACGAAGAGUUGAGCGCGGAGAAAAUUAUAAAUGCCCAAUUGAAAGCUGAUAUCCUGGCCCAAGAAAAAGAUUUCCAGAAAAAACUGGAGUCCCAAAAAAUGAGAUUUGAAGAUGAGAUCUUUGCUGUCAAGCAAGAUAACUUUGUCCUCACUGCCAAGUUGAAAGAGAUGGAAGACAUCAGAUUGAAGAAAUCAGACACUGAGACAGAGGCUGGCGAUCCUGCUGAGAGUCGUGUGAGCAAGCUGGAGAGGGAGGUGCAGGAGCAAGAGAACCUGCUGGCCGGGUACCAGGCUGAGAACAAGAGGUUGUACGAGGAGGUCAAGGCCGUCCAGCGCCAGGCCAAGGCCACGGAGAGCAGCAUGUUCAAGGAAAACCAGAGGCUGACCACAGAACUAAGCAAUGUCAGACAAGAGCUGGAACUGAAGAACACAGAGCUACAGAACAAGGGGAUCAUCACAAGCAUGGCAGUCCAGCAACAAAUAGCAGCAGGCAACACAGAAGCCAUGAUAGGAGCUACACGCAUUGCACACUUAGAAGGGGAGCUUACUGAGGCUAAAAGAGUUCAAGAAAAUCUGGGCAAAGAGCUAAAGAUGGCUCAACAAAACAGGUUUGAGCUAGAAAGACAUUUGGAGGCCAUGUUGAAAGAGAAGGAAUCACUGGCCAGACAGUUGGCAGAUUCCCUGACUGCUGACCAGGCUAAGGCCAUUGAGGUGAAACACAGGGAGGACCUUGACAAACUGGAGAAAAAAAUCAAAUGGUACGCAGAAAACCAGGAACUCUUGGACAAGAGCAGCGCCAAGCUGAGGCUGAAAGAUGACGAGAUUCACAGACUCAAGAUGAGGCUGGAAGACUUCAAGUCUGAGGCUGGCAGAAAACUUGAAGAAAACAAACUCAGGGCCAAGGAAAAAGCUGCUGAUGCUAAGAGAAUACAAGACUUGGAGAGACAGGUGAAAGAAAUGGAGCAGGUCAUACGCAGGCGUCACCCCAACUCCCUGCCUGCCAUGAUGAUGGUUGCGGCCAAUGUGCCUGACUCUGCGCUGGACCAGCCGCAGGUUAAAGGUCGCAGUGUCGAGGUCCUGGAGAACAGGGUGAGGAAGCUGGAGAGGGAGCUGGAGACUAAAGAUGAGAUGGCACAGCAGGACUUGAGGGCCAUGGAACAAAAGUACAACCAGGUCAAGUUUCAGUUUGAAGAAAGAAUUUCAGACCUGGAGCAGCAGCUGUCACUGUACUGCAGGUCGUCAGGCGAGGGACCCACAUUCAGGGACCACCCACACAGCCACGCGGUGGCCCUGGAGAGGGAGCUGGACAAUGUGAAGGACAGGUGCAGGAAACAGGUGGCCGAGAUGCAGGCUGAGACAGACAGGCUGACAGCAGAGCUGAACAAGGUCAAGAAGAACCAAGAGAAUAUGAUGAGAAAUGAUGCUCGUCAGUCUGAGGUGGAGUGGAAGCAACAGAUCCUGGCACUACAGAGAGAGCUCAAAGACAGGGAACAUGAUGUCCAGAUACUGCAGCAGGCUCUGGACAGAAUGAGAGCUAAAUCAGGUAAGAAAAAUGGCAGCCAGAAAGUAAACACAGAGACAGAGUUAUCCUUCCCUACACAUUCAAACAACAAGGAGUACAAGCCUGAUGUUUUUGCUGACAGCGACAAGUCAGCUUUAAUACAGGAAAACCAGGUCUUGAGGUCAAAGAUUGACCAGCUACAGUUGGAACUUGACCAGCAGAGAGUUGACCUGAGGAGGUCUCUGGCUGAGACAGAGUCUGGCGCCAGACAGACCAGAGAGAGGCUGGAGAACCAGAUUGAGGCUCUGAGAAGCAGCCACGAGAAAGAAAUGCAGAGAGUUCUGUCAGAGCAGGCGCUUCAGUCAUCCACAUCCAGGGUCACAGAGCUGCAGAGUAAAUGUGACACACAGGAGGUGAUGAUCCGGCACCUACAGGCCCAACUCCACAAGACAUCCCUGGAGGUGGAGAGGAUCCCUAAGCUGAAGGCAAGCGAGGCCCAGCUCAUGGCACAGGUGGAACUACUGGAGGAGAAACUGAGGGCGGCCAAACUGGGUCAAGCACCUGAGAUGCGCCAUUUUGAGUCGCUGGAGCAGAAACUGACAGAGUUGGUUCAGCGCCAGCACAAGAGGGAGGCGGAGCUGGAGGCUGUGAUGCAACAAAACCAGAAGUUGUGCAGGGCUGAGGUGGAGGAGGAAGUGGAGAAAUGGAAACAUCUGGUGGACUCUAAGAACCAGCAGCUGCAGGUGUUUCGAGCUGAACUGGACUCAAUACUGGAAGUUUUAAAGGCCCUUCAGAGACAGGGGGUCAAACUUCCAGCGGGGACCUUUUACAGUUGACCUACUGGACCUACAGCUGACCUCUGGGACCUACACCUAACCUACUGGACCUACACCUAACCUACUGGACCUACACCUAACCUACUGGACCUACAGCUGACCUACUGGACCUACGGCUGACCUGUUCAACAUUCAAUACAUCUACAUCUGAUUUAAUGGGUCUGUCGGACCUGGUCAGCCCACAUUUGACCUAAUGGACCUGUCUGACCUACAGUUGACCUAUUUAGCCUUCAAGUGACUGCAUUGUAUAUGUAGUUUAUCUUUUCUCUCAUUGUUACACAUACUAGAAUUAUUUCUAUUUAUAAAAUUUCAUUUUUAAGUGCCUUUUCAGGAAAUAAAUAUUUUGCUUUUAUGUUACUAUUAAAUCAAUAAAUGUAAGCAAUUUUAGGUUCUGUGCAUCACAGACUGUUUGUAAGCUGAUGUACUGCACUCAUGACUUACAUGUGAGGUUUUGUGUAGAUGGGGUGGUGUGGCUGAAAGUCUUGGGUUCAGAUCCCGGCCUUGAGUCAGUAGAACAUCCCUGAGCCACCUAGCUGUAGAGGGUACCUGAGCCACCUAGCUCUAGAUGGUACCUGAGCCACCUAGCUCUAGAGGGUACCUGAGCCACCUAGCUCUAGAGGGUACCUGAGCCACCUAGCUCUAGAGGGUACCUGAGCCACCUAGCUCUAGAGGGUACCUGAGCCACCUAGCUCUAGAGGGUACCUGAGCCACCUAGCUCUAGAGGGUACCUGAGCCACCUAGCUCUAGAGGGUACCUGAGCCACCUAGCUCUAGAGGGUACCUGAAUCCCAUUAGGGCAAGGAAGGUAACUGGGCAUUUUGGUGAUCACAGUAUCCCAGUAUCAGAUCACUAAAACUGGUGAACUCUACUUCACCUGCUACAUGGAUUCAAAAGGGUACUUUACUUUUACUUCACUGUGUAGAUGACUUGAAUGAAGGUGUAAUGCCUGGAUGACUUGAUAUUGUCACUAGUAAUACUAGUAUCUACAGUAAUGAUGUGUUAGUGUGAGGUAGAUGACAUGAGAUAUCUGCUUGAGUAAGUUAGCUGUGUGACGUUGUGAAACUGCACUUAUGGUAGUGAUAUUUGUUACAGUUAUUGUAGCUAGGACUGUUUAUAUUAUUUUACACUUUUUAAACUCAGUAGUGUACAAAAUGUAACUAUUGUAACUAUUUAUUAAUUUAUCAUGACGAUGCAUUUUGUAAAUAUGAAUACAAACAAUGAA